CCUGUGCAGCGAAGACGGCCGCUUCCUACGCUUAGACUUCGCGCUCUCACCUAAAGCGCGGACAACAGAGUUGUCCCAGUGGCCGUCCGAGUUUAUCGUGGGACUGGGCUGUGCGACGGCAGCCACUGCAGUGACACACCUCAGGGGACGAAGUGCCCAAGUUUUCCUCCUGCGAGCCCUCCUUAUCCUAAACUUGGAAGACACCCUGGGGGCGUCCUGGCGUUCUAGAAAGCAAGUAGCUUCUGUCAGUUCCGUAGUUACAGGAGGGAGGCCGAGCUAACCUUGGGCACCCGCCUCAGAGUGAACCUGAGGAACCUGGGGACAAGUGACACACUCUCCUCCAGCUCGUCAUGAACCGCAGAGUUUUCCUCUUGCUGGAAAAACACUUCCAAGAGUUCAGAGAGAACAAUUAUGCGGGUAUUACUGCCUUUCCAACGAGUGAAGACAUGAUGGAAUGGGAGGCUGAAAUUGAAGGUCUUCAGGAUUCAAUGUGGCAAGGACUCGUCUUUGAGCUGACAAUAGAUUUUACGCCAGAGUACAACUUUGUCCCUCCAGUGGUGAAAUUUAGAACAAUUCCUUUUCAUCCAAAUGUAGACCCCUAUACUGGUCAACCAUGUAUAGAUUUUUUGGACAACCCUGAAAAAUGGAAUACAAGCUACACGUUGAGCAGCAUCUUACUCACUCUACAGGUUAUGCUCUCUAAUCCAGGGCUAGAACAGCCAGUGAAUUUGGAAGCAGCCCAAAUGCUGAUUGAAGAUGAAUCUAUAUACAGAACACUACUUCAAAGACUUUUCCACAAGUCAUGCAAAUCAAAAGAUGAUGGCCAGGAGUUACCUAAAGACUCUCAGAAGCUUAUCAGGCAGGGGGAGACAAGGACAAAGAGAGCUUUUAUCCACUGGUUCAUUUCCCAAACAUCCACAACAGCUAGGACCAGGACUAGACCAAGCCUGAAGCCAGGAGCCCAGAACUCAAUCUGGGUCUCCCACAAUGGGUGGCAAGAACUCGGAACCUAAGCCAUCACUCACCGUCCUCAGACUACCGUUAGCAGGAAUGCUGGAGUCAGAAGCAGAGCCAGUGCUCUGGGCUUGGACCUGUGUGGCAACACUGUGGCUAAACACACAAAGCAGGUUGGGAGUGUCAGUAAAUCCCAGCCCCCCAAUGCUGCCACCCACUGGAAA